GUGGCGCGGCGUCCCGGCUGCGCGACGGGCCGAGGGCCAUGGCCGCCUUUUCGGGCCCGGCAGGCGUUGGCGGCGCCAGCCCGUCGGGAUUCGCCUUCGACUCCGGACUGGAGAUCAAAACUCGUUCGGUGGAGCAGACGCUGCUCCCGCUGGUCUCUCAGAUUACCACGCUUAUUAAUCAUAAAGAUAAUACCAAAAAGUCUGAUAAAACUCUGCAAGCAAUUCAGCGUGUAGGACAAGCCGUCAACUUGGCAGUUGGAAGAUUUGUUAAAGUAGGGGAAGCUAUAGCCAAUGAAAACUGGGAUUUGAAAGAAGAAAUAAAUAUUGCCUGUAUUGAAGCUAAACAAGCAGGAGAAACAAUUGCAGCACUUACAGAUAUAAGCAGCUUGAAUCAUCCAGAAUCUGAUGGCCAGAUCACAAUUUUUACAGAUAAAACAGGAGUUAUAAAGGCUGCAAGAUUACUUCUUUCUUCAGUGACAAAAGUGUUGUUGCUGGCAGACCGAGUAGUCAUUAAGCAGAUAAUAACAUCAAGAAAUAAGGUUCUUGCAACUAUGGAAAGACUAGAGAAAGUGAAUAGCUUUCAAGAGUUUGUCCAAAUAUUCAGUCAAUUUGGAAAUGAAAUGGUGGAGUUUGCACAUCUAACUGGAGAUAGACAAAAUGAUCUGAAAGACGAGAAGAAAAAGGCAAAAAUGGCAGCAGCCAGGGCAGUUCUUGAAAAGUGUACAAUGAUGCUUCUCACAGCCUCAAAGACAUGUCUCAGGCAUCCCAACUGCGAAUCAGCCCAUAAAAACAAAGAGGGAGUAUUUGACCGAAUGAAAGUGGCAUUAGAUAAGGUGAUUGAAAUUGUGACUGACUGCAAACCAAAUGGAGAGACUGACAUUUCAUCUGUCAGUAUUUUUACUGGAAUUAAAGAAUUCAAGAUGAGUAUUGAAGCUCUUCUGGAGAAUCUUUAUUUUCAGUCAAAAGAGAAUCUUUCUGCUACUCUAGAAGUCAUUUUGGAGCGCACUGAGGACUUUACUGAUUCUGCCUACACCAGCCAUGAGCACAGGGAACGCAUCUUGGAACUGUCAACUCAGGCAAGACUGGAACUGCAGCAGUUACUUUCUGUGUGGAUUCAAAGUCAAAGCAAGAAAACAAAAAGUAUUGCUGAAGAACUAGAACUCGCUGUAUUGAAAAUCAGUCACAGUCUCAAAGAACUUAAGAAAGAACUUCACAGGACAGCAACCCAGCUGACAGCAGAUCUGUUAAAAUACCAUGCUGAUCAUGUGGUCCUAAAAGCAUUAAAACUUACUGGAGUAGAAGGAAAUUUAGAAGGUUUGGCCGAGUAUGCCUGUAAACUCUCUGAACAGAAAGAGCAGCUUGUUGAGGUCUGUCGAUUGUUACGCCAUAUAUCUGGGACAGAACCUCUUGAAAUAACCUGUGUACAUGCAGAGGAGACAUUUCAGGUGACUGGCCAACAGAUAAUUUCUGCCGCUGAAACAUUGACAUUGCAUCCAUCUAGUAAAAUUGCUAAAGAAAACCUAGAUGUAUUUUGUGAAGCUUGGGAAUCCCAAAUUGGUGACAUGUCAACACUGCUAAGAGAAAUCAAUGACGUGUUUGAAGGAAGACGAGGAGAGAAGUAUGGCUACCUGUCACUUCCAAAGCCAAUGAAGAAUAACGCAAACUUGAAAUCAUUAAAGCCAGACAAGCCUGACUCUGAGGAGCAAGCCAAGAUAGCAAAGCUUGGACUUAAGCUGGGUUUGCUUACCUCCGAUGUCAACUGUGAGAUCAAGAAAUGGGAGGAUCAGGAAAAUGAGAUUGUUCGAAAUGGGCGCAACAUGUCCAGUAUGGCCUAUUCUCUGUAUUUAUUUACUAGAGGAGAGGGGCCACUGAAAACUUCCCAGGAUUUAAUUCAUCAACUAGAGGUUUUUGCUGAAGAGGGCUUAAAGCUUACUUCAAGUGUACAAGUUUUCUCAAAACAGGUAAUGCAAGUCUGCUUGCUUGGUCUUGAUGGUGAUGUCAUGAAUACCCACUUGGGGGUAACUAAGACACCUUUGCAAAAUCAAGUGUUUCUAAAGGUUGAUAAGUGUAUUAUAAAGACAAGAUCCAUGAUGGCUAUUUUGGUCCAACUUCUCUCACUUUGUUAUAAACUGCUAAAGAAGCUUCAGAUGGAAAAUAACAGAUGGGUCUCAGUUACAAAUAAAGACUCCGUGGAUGGUAAAACUUGAGAAGCUUUUGGGGUCAGAUUUCUCGAACAGCAUGCGGCAAAGCUGAUAUUUUUAGAAAGCAAAUGAUCCUUUAUAUUUUCAGAAAUUCAACAGUUUUAUAAAAAAAACAAUUAUGAAAUCUUGCUUUAUUUUCUGAUCAUGAAACUGACUGUGAUGCUUUUUAACAGCUAAUAAAUGCCACGGUAGUUGCUACA